UAGGUGCAUCAAAGCUCCCAAACAAAAGUUACUGGGACAAUUUCAUCUAAACAGGAUGCACAAGGCUGGAGAUGUGGUUCUGGGUGGGCUGUUCGAGAUCCACUUCUUUUCUGUCUUUCCUGACCUGUCUUUUACCUCAGAGCCACAACAGCCUACCUGUCACAGUUUUGAUGUUCUAGGAUUUAAGCAAGCCCAAACCAUGGCCUUUGCUAUUGAUGAGAUCAACAGAAACUCCAACCUGCUGCCUAAUGUGACUCUGGGUUAUAGUCUUUAUGACAACUGUGUCAAACUAGGUAUUGGAUUCCGUGCAGCGUUGUCAUUAGCCAGCGGUCGAGAGGAGCAGUUUGUGUUGGACAAGACCUGUGCAGGAAACCCUCCAGUCCUAGGCAUUGUGGGUGAUUCUUCCUCCACACGUUCUAUUGCCAUCUCCACUGUCUUAGGUUUGUACAGAGUACCUAUGGUAAGUUAUUUUGCCACAUGUUCGUGCCUGAGCGACCGGCAGAAGUUUCCAUCCUUUUUUAGGACGAUUCCAAGCGAUGCUUUCCAGGUGCGUGCUAUGAAUCAGAUUCUCAGACGCUUUGGCUGGACUUGGGCAGGUCUGCUGGUCAGUGAUGAUGAUUAUGGACUCCAUGCUGCCCGAUCCUUCCAAUCUGACCUGGCUCAGUCUGGUGGAGGCUGUCUGGCCUACUUAGAGGUUUUGCCCUGGGGCAAUGAUCCAGCUGAACUCAGGAGGAUUGUGGAGGUUAUGAAGAAAUCUACGGCUCGUGUGGUCAUUGUGUUUGCACAUGAAAGUCACAUGAUCAACCUCAUGAAAGAGGUGGUGAGGCAGAAUGUGACAGGCCUGCAGUGGAUGGCCAGUGAAGCCUGGACUGCAGCUACUGUGCUUCAGACUCCUCAGCUCAUGCCGUACCUGGGUGGCACUCUGGGCAUUGCUAUCCGUCGAGGACACAUACCAGGGUUGAGGGACUUUCUGCUACAACUACGUCCUGAACUACAACACAACAACAGCUUUGGAAAUAACAUGGUAAAUCAGUUUUGGGAACACACAUUUCAAUGUAGAUUUGCACCACCUCAAGCAGGUUGGGUGGAAGCUGGGGGAUCACUAUGCACUGGACAGGAAGAUCUAGAAAAUGUGGACACUGAGUUCUUGGACAUCUCUAACCUCAGACCAGAAUAUAAUGUGUACAAGGCUGUGUAUGCCCUGGCAUAUGCUCUUGAUAAUAUGCUGCAGUGUGAGCCAGGGAGAGGACCUUUCAGUGGGCACAGCUGUGGCAGUUUGCAAAGACUGGAGCCAUGGCAGCUUGUGUAUUACUUGGAAAAGGUCAACUUCACCACACCGUUUGGUGAUCAAGUGUUAUUUGAUGAGAAUGGUGAUGUCUUACCAAUAUAUGAUGUCAUGAACUGGUUGUGGCUCCCUGAUGGACGAACUAAAGUUCAGAAUGUAGGUGAGGUUAAAGAGUCAGCCAAAGGUGAAGAACUCACACUUGAUGAAGACAAAAUCUUCUGGAACUUUGAAUCCAAACAGCCACCCCGGUCAGUGUGCAGUGAGAGCUGUCCUCCAGGUACCCGCAUGGCUAGAAUAAAGGGGAAACCUGCAUGCUGCUUUGCAUGCAUCCCUUGUUCUGAGGGGAAGAUCAGCAAUAUGACUGACUCCAUGGAGUGCACCAGUUGUCCAGAGGAUUUCUGGUCCAGUUCUCAACGUGACCACUGUGUUCCUAAGGAAACAGAGUUCCUCUCCUAUAAUGAGCCUCUGGGUAUCUGUUUGACAACUGCCUCAUUGUUGGGCACAUUUAUAUGUGUUGCUGUGCUGGGAAUCUUUAUCCAUCAUCGUGGCACCCCUAUAGUACGCGCCAACAAUUCAGAACUGAGUUUCCAGCUAUUGCUGUCUCUUAAAUUAUGUUUCCUUUGCUCACUGCUCUUUAUUGGACGUCCCAGGCUGUGGACAUGCCAACUGAGACAUGCAGCAUUUGGGAUCAGCUUUGUGUUUUGUGUAUCAUGCAUCCUGGUGAAAACUAUUGUGGUUCUGGCUGUGUUCAAGGCCUCCAAGCCAGGAGGUGGAUCCCAUCUGAAGUGGUUUGGUCUUUUGCAGCAGAGAGGAACAGUUCUGGUUCUUACUUCUAUUCAGGCAGCAAUCUGCACUGCUUGGAUUGUCUCUUCCUCACCAGCUCCUCAUAAAAACACUCAAUACCACAAUGACAAGAUAGUUUAUGAGUGUGUAGUUGGGUCCACAAUUGGUUUUGGAGUGUUACUGGGCUAUAUCGGCUUACUGGCCAUCCUCAGCUUCCUGUUAGCAUUCCUGGCAAGGAAUCUUCCAGAUAGUUUCAAUGAGGCCAAACUCAUCACUUUCAGCAUGCUGAUCUUCUGUGCAGUGUGGGUGGCCUUUGUCCCUGCUUAUGUCAGUUCACCAGGCAAGUAUGCAGAUGCAGUUGAGGUAUUUGCCAUCCUAGCUUCCAGUUUUGGCCUCUUGGUGUCACUGUUUGGACCCAAAUGUUACAUUAUCCUGUUGAGGCCAGAGAGGAACACAAAGAAAGCAAUCAUGGGCCGUGGCACUGAGUCAUAAAACCCACACUUAGUUUCAUGAGACAGACCUAAUUAAUUUUCUCUGUAAAGCACAAAAAUACAUGCAGAAAAAUAGUUUAAUAGUGGUAGCAAUGUUAAGUUUUUAAGAAAAAAUGGCUGAUAAGGGAAAAGUUGGAUCAAAUAUGCGAGAAUAUGUUAAUACAAUAAAUUAUUCUAUUUUUUCUCCAGGAUACAAUUAAAAUUACAAAGCACUUGCACUUCAAAUGAUAUUGUCGUCUUUGGGACUUUCAUGGUGUAAGGUAACAUUACACCUUGUUAAAUUGUAAGCUACUCUCUCAGAAUAAAAAAGCACAUACUAUGUGGGUUCAGCCAACAUUAUUAUAUCAGUUACUUUUUGAUCUGUCUAGAGUUGAUGUGGAUACAUGCACCAGUUUUUAUAUUGCCCCUAAAUUCAAAAAGUAUAAAGGAAGUGCAGACAACGUUGACAGAAUUACACAUAAGCAUCUGAGAUAGCAUUUGCCUAUUCUGACUAUACAGAGUCUGUAACUUCCACUAAGUUAGCAGUUGUAGGAAUGGCACUGUCACAAGGUUAGAAAGCUCAGCUUCACACCACAGAACUAGAGCUACAAUGUAUGAACUUUGCUCUCUUUAACACCAGCUUUGCUUUUAUCUUUUUUAAUAUUAGCAAUAUUAUGUCUGAUAUCAGUUGUUAGGCUAAUUGCGCAUGCCACAGAACUUCACAGUUGCCUUACAACAAUUGCAAUAAACAAGAACCUUGGUCAUCACCAGUGGGAGAAUAUUUCUUCAUUUCCAUAAAUAUGGUCAGUGUCAUUUUAUUCUCAAAUAAUUUAAAUGACACUGCCUCUGAAGAAUAGUUCUGCAGAUGUAUGCAAUGAUUUUCAAGCAACAAUGUGUUUAGUAGCUGGGAGAGAAAGGCCAAUUCUGCUGACUUUUCAGGCUUAUAUCCCUCCACCAACAUUUGAAAUUCUAAUGUGAACUGCCAGCCACUGAUGAAGUGGAGAAAUUGGAUAUAAUCAGUAGGGGUGGGAAUCAUCAGAGGACCCCAUAAUACAAUAUUAUCAUGCUACCUAAGUCACAACACAAUAUUAUUGAAUUUUAAA